CUUUUCAGAAAUCAUUCAUAACGCGGAUGCGUCAAACACUCACCCGGCUAUAAAUACGGCUGCGCGCAACGCACAGUUAGACAUUUUCCCAAAAUCAAACGCAAGACGCAACUGAGCAAGAACCGUGGGAAUCCGGCUUCUUUACCUUUGAUUCAACCUCUCUACCUUGCUCUACAUUUUUAUAUUCUAUAUUUAAUAUCCAGCUCACUGUGUUGACCAUGGGUGGAUUAUAUUUGAAGCACGUCGUGGUGGCAGCGCUGUGCUCCGUGCUGGCCACAGGGACGCUGGGGUUCCCGGUGGUGGGGCCAGAGCCGAUCCGAUGCGCCCCGUGUUCUCCGGAGAAGCUGAGCCAGUGUCCAGCGGUGGCACCCGGAUGCGCCGAGGUGUUGCGGGAACCCGGCUGUGGAUGCUGCCUCGCCUGCGCCCUGAAGGCUGAGGAGCUGUGCGGGAUCUACACGGCGCCGUGCGGCUCCGGACUGAGGUGCACCCCGAGACCCGGCGACCCCCGGCCGCUGCACUCCCUCACCCGGGGACAAGCCGUGUGCACGGAGAGCACUGAGCAGGAGCUGAUCCCCGAGCCCCAGACACAAGAUCAGGGAGAGCCAGAGGCAGAGAUGGACAACGUAGCCAUCGUCUCGGACCCCGGCUCCAGCCACUACCUCCCCGGCCACAGUAACCCCUUCGACCCGAGGGUUGCUCUCGACGCUCAGGAGAGCAUGAAAGCCAAACUCGUAGCCAUCCGCAAGAAACUGGUGGAACAGGGGCCCUGUCAUGUUGAGCUGCAGAGAGCCUUGGAUACAAUUGCCAAAUCCCAGCAGAAGUUAGGAGACAAAUUAACCAGAUUCUACCUCCCCAACUGUGACAAACACGGGCUCUACAAACCCAAACAGUGUGAAUCCUCUCUUGAUGGACAGAGUGGUCGAUGCUGGUGUGUGAGCUCCUGGAACGGAAAGAAGAUGUUAGGUUCCACCGACCUGCCUGCAGAAGCCGAGUGCCCUUAAAGAGAUCACCCUCUGAUGAAGAUCUCACAAACAAAAAAGAAGAAGCAAGCCACUGAUUUUCUUUCUAUUUUUUUGAUAGCUGUUUAUUUAUUGAUCCUGUCCAUGGUGGUGUUUAAUUCAGGUACACUGUCAUUGUGGGGUUUCUGGGUCCAAGCCACCCAAAAACCCCUCCCCCCUCCCUCCUCUUCAAACACCCGUCCAAAAGAGAAAAAGAAAAUCUAUUUUUGUUUUCUGAAAGAUUUUAAUAUUGUUGCAUUUACUUCUACUCUUUAGCCUUAUUUAUUUCAACAUUAUUUCAUUUGUUAUUUGUAAUUAUUUUAUGAGUAUUUAUAUCUUUUUUUUUUGCGUUAUUGUUAUUAUUAUAUUAUUAUUUUUGAUGGGUGUAUAAAGUGUAUAUAUGUAUCUUGUCCCUGAGGAACUCCACUGCUGAGUUGAGCUCGCUCUACCCUUAAAGGAGUUGUCUGGAGGUUUGGUUUGUGACAAACCAAGCAAGAACAAAAGCACUGAGUGACCAAAAGUCAUUUAGAAGUAUUUCUAAAUGUUGUUUUUAUGAUUCAUUUUCACAUUGUUGCCAUUGUUAUGGACUUUUUUGUUGUUAUUAUUGUGUUUUUUUAUUUUCUCAUGUGGCACACGAUCAGCUCUUGUAAGUGAAUGCAAAACUCUCAGUCCUUAAACAGUACUCAGAAAACAUUUCCCAUGGUUCCAUGGGGUUACAGUUAGCACGACAGGCGGUGCCACCCAUGCACCGCUUCUCACACGGGUAUUUCUACAUUAACCUACCUCCGAUAUUUAUGUGUCUGUUGUCAGUUGUGUUGAUGUAUAUGUCAAAAAAAGACUUGCUAUUUUACUUUUCAUGUCGCUGUUCUCUCUGACAAAGAACACAUGACCACAAAGAGCGCGUCCGCUCGACCUACAUGCUGCUGUUGGAGAGAUAAUUAUUGUUUAUGUGAGUCUAUUCCAAAGUGACUAACUGCUCAUAUGUACACUUUUGUAAUUGAGAUGUAAUGUAAGAAGAAAAAAAGGUGAUAUAUUUAAUAAAAACAUUAACCUCA